CAUAAGUUCAUCCAUCAUGACACAGGCCCAACAAUUGUAUACGCUACAAUCGGAGUCAGUUUCAUCCUGCCAUUGGAAUACGAUAAAAUGGAACAGAGUGAAAUUGAAGAGAUCGAUUGGCUCACGGAGAAAUGGGUUUACUUGGCUGCAACAAACGUAGAUGGAAAUAUUCGCAUUCUAGAGAAAAAGUACGAAGGAAGUUUGUCAAGCACAGAAAAUGGCUCCCUGAUCUUCAAUGAGCUCACCAAGAAAAAAAAUCAUGGAGUGUACCGAGCCUGCAUACUUUCAAAUAAAGGAAAAAAUAGUGGAGCGAAAGUACCGGGUCGACAUUUCUGAUCAAAAUUUUGAAGCUCAUGCUGAGAAGAGAACAUCAACUGAGUCUGCUAAA